AUGAGCUCCGACGACAGAGAUCAUCGCUGGUUCAACGAACACCACUCCUUCUGGCCCAAUCCUUCUACUUAUGAUCUCAACAGCAAGAUCAUGCUCGCCGCCGUUGUCUCUUUAUCAGCAGUUAUCCUCAUCGUCUUCACUCUUCAUCUCUACGCAAGAUUCGUUAUCCGCCGCCGUAGAGAAGCUUUCCGUGGCCUCCCCGUCUCAUUCCGCCACCCUUUUCAGACGCCCAAACGUGGCCUCGACCCAACAGUCAUCGCCUCUCUGCCUACUUUCACCGUUGGAGCCAUCGGUGGUGACGUGGCUGCUGCUACUGAAUGUGCGGUGUGUCUAAGCGUUUUGGAGGAGCAAGACACGGCGAGAGAGCUGCCGAAUUGCAAACACGUCUUCCACGCGGACUGUGUUGACACGUGGCUCGCCACUUGCUCCACUUGCCCCGUUUGUCGGACUGAAGUUCAGCCAAGGCCGAGACUUGAGCCUGAGCCAAGAGAAGGACCAGUAGGCGACGGUGCUGCACCACCGACUGCGCCGCCGUCGUUGGAGGAAGCCAGGCUGGAUUUGUCGACGGAAGUGGGCCCGUCUUCUUCGUCGGGUAACAAAACAGUUGGGUCGUCAGUUUCGCGGUUAGAUUCGUUUAAGAGGAUCUUGACAAGGGAAAGAUCUUCGAACAGGAUCAAUCAUUCCUGUGUUGACCAAGAUCGUGUAGCGGAUCUUGAGAGACAUUGA